AUGGGGCCGCGGGCGUCCCUGAGCCGGCUCCGGGAGCUGUGCGGCCACUGGCUGCGGCCGGCGUUGCACACCAAGAAGCAGAUCCUGGAGCUGCUGGUGCUGGAGCAGUUCCUGAGCGUGCUGCCCCAGCACCUCCUGGCCCGGCUGCAGGGCCAGCAGCUCAGGGACGGCGAGGAGGUGGUCCUGCUGCUGGAGGGCGUGCAAAGGGAGGCUAGCAACGUGGGACCGCUGGAUUUUAGUUUUAAUGCUGGCAAGAAUUGCCCCCAUGCAGACAUCACCUUGGAGGAACAGGGGGGCCCUUUCCAGGUCCCCAUUCAUACCCCCAAAAAGGAAGAACCCUCCGAAGAGCCUCCAGCCCUGAGUGCAUCGAUCGAACGAACCCCAUCGCAGCCAGGACCUGCCAGGCCUGCUGAGCCAGGGGUGUGGAGACUUCCCCCAAGUUCAAGGCAGCCGCUGAGCCCUGGUCCCAAGAGGAUGUCCCAGGCCCUGCAAGAGAGUGCUCUCCAGAGCCCGACACCUUGGCCAGAGGAGAUUUCCGGAGAUCAGGAGCUGGCGGAGGUGCUGGAGUCCCUGACUUUUGACGAUGAGCCUGUGAAGAAGGCUUGGCCUGGGCACCCCCUGGGAUUUGGAGGCAGACCCCCCAACAAGGAGGAAUUUAAACAGGAAGAGCCCAGAGGUGCUGCCUGGCCCGUCGCCAUCUCAGGACAGCCCCCGGCGAAUAGUCCCGGGGUGGGGGAGGCCGGUGGGGACGCGUCUCCCUGCGGGAGUGAAGCUGUGGAGGUCACGGCAGCCGGCCGCCCCCCGAAGCCCGAGUCCGGGAUGGAGUUCAUCUGCACCGAGUGCGGGGUGAGCUUCGGGCACCUGGCGCUCCUGGAGGCACACGUGCGGCGCACCCACUCCAGCGCGCGCCCCUUCCUGUGUCUGUGCUGCGGGAAGAGCUUCGGCCGCAGCUCCAUCCUCAAGCUGCACAUGCGCACGCACACCGACGAGCGCCCGCACACCUGCCACCUGUGCGGCCACCGCUUCCGCCAGAGCUCGCACCUGAGCAAGCACCUGCAGACGCACUCGACGGAGCCCGCCUUCCUGUGCGCCGAGUGUGGCCGGGGCUUCCAGCGCCGCGCCAGCCUCACGCAGCACCUGCUGGCGCACCACCGCAGCCAGAAGCCCCCGGGCCUGCCGGAGACCAAGACGGAGCCGCCGGAGCUGGUGGUCGUCUUGUGCUCCCACUGCGGCCAGACCUUCCAGCGCCGCUCCAGCCUCAAUCGCCACCUGCGCAUCCACACCCGGGAGCAGGAGUGCUCCAAGUGCUCCGCCAGCCUCUGCCCCGUGCCCGAGCACAGACCCUACGUGUGCGGGGAGUGCGGCAAGGCGUUCCGGCGCGGCGAGCACCUGGUGGCCCACCAGCGCGUGCACACGGGCGAGCGGCCCUUCUCCUGCCAGGCCUGCGGCCGCAGCUUCACCCAGAGCGCGCAGCUCGUCAGCCACCAGCUGGUGCACUCCGGCGAGAAGCCGCACCCCUGCCCGCAGUGCGGGAAGCGCUUCCUGCGGCGCGCGGGCCUCGCGCGCCACCUGCUGACCCACGGCGGCUCCCGGCCCCACCACUGCGCCCAGUGCGGGAAGAGCUUCAACCAGCCGCAGGACCUCACGCGCCACCGGCGCAGCCACACGGGCGAGAAGCCCUGCCGCUGCGGGGAGUGCGGGGAGCGCUUCCGCCAGAGCGCGCACCUGGCCCGGCACCAGCGCAUCCACACGGGCGAGAAGCCGCACGCCUGCGACACCUGCGGCCACCGCUUCCGCAACAGCUCCAACCUGACGCGCCACCGCCGCAGCCACACCGGCGAGCGGCCCUACGCCUGCCAGACGUGCGGCCGCAGCUUCCGGCGCAACGCCCACCUGCAGCGGCACCUGGCCACCCACGCCGGGCCCGGGGAGGCAGCGGCGGCCGAGGAGCAGCCGCCCGAGGCCCCCCAGGAGUGCCCGGAGUGCGGCAAGAGCUUCAGCCGCUCCCGCAACCUGCUGCGGCACAUGCUGGUGCACACCGGGGCCCGGCCCUACUCCUGCACGCAGUGCGGCCGCGGCUUCAGCCGCAACUCCCACCUGCUCCGCCACCUGCGCACCCACGCCCGCCAGACCCUCUACUAG